AUGAGUUUGAUUAAUAAUAAUUUUUUUAUUCCUGAAAAAUUGUUUUUAGAAAAAGAUGAUUUUAUUUAUUUAACAAAAGGUGGUGUUGUUCCACAAUCAUUUGAAAGAGUUGCAUUAUCAAGUGAAAGUCCAAAUUUGAAUGAAAUAAAUUUUCACAAAAAUGUUAAAUUUAUUUAUUUUUUGGAUGGUUAUGCACAUUAUAUUAAAAAAGAAAUGAUUCCAAGUUCAGUUAUUGGUGCUAUAUUUUUUAAUAUUACCUAUGCACUAACCAGUGAAAGUAUACCAAAUACUAUUAAAUUUAUGGGUUUCAAUGGCUAUAAAAAUCAAGUUACAAAGGAAAUAGUUCAACCUUUCGUUUAUCAAUUGGGUGUUGGUGGUGAUAUGGGUUAUCCUUUGAAUAAAGAAUUAUUAGAAAAAGGCACAAUAAAAACUUUAUUGUUUGAUGGUAAUUAUUCUCAUCAAAUUACAAAUGAAAGUAUAAUAGACAAUUUGGAUUCUUUGUUAAUAAUAAAAACAAAAUUCACCUUGGAUGAAAAUAGUUUAAGACCUCCUUUUAAAAUUUACCCACCAAUUUCCCCAAAAGGCAUUUAUUUUUGUGAGGGUUACAAAUUCAAUGUUAUUAGUAAAUUGUUUCCACCACUUGGAUUUUGUACUCUAAAGCAUGAUAUAAAUAUUCUAAACAUUUCCAAACCAAUUACAAAAGAACUAUUUAAAGAUUUACCAACAGAUUAUCGUGUAAAUAUUGGAUGGGGGUACAAACAUAAAUUGAAUGCUUGGAUGAUUGAUAACUAUGAAAGAUCGGUUGGAAUUGGUAAUAUUGUCCAUCCAGUACCAGAUAUUUUCUUUGGUGAAAAGGUUAGGUUUUUUAAUGGAUACUCUCAUAAAAUUUCACCCUUUUCAUAUGGUUUACAAGUGCGGGAAAUGGUUUUUGGCCAGGUAGAUUUUGCUGUUACUAAAGAUAUAAUGCCAUCUAUCAGUGUUCAACAUUUAUAUUUUGAAAGAGGUUAUAACCAUAAACUUACUCCAGAUAUAUUUUGUAAUGUUAGAUGUUUAACUGUUAAUGGUAUCAAAUCUCAUAUUUUUAAUAAAACUUCCUUGCCAAAAUCAAAUUGCUCAAUCAGAGAGUUAACUUUAAAAAAUUUAGAUUUUCCAUUUGAUUCAAGCUUUUUCCCAACUGAUGGUAUUCAUAAAUUGGUACUUUGCAAUGUUUCUCAAGUUAUUGGAAAUGAUCAAUUACCAAAAUCAAUAUUUUCAUUAUCUCUAAUAAAAGUGAAACUGGAUCCAAAAUUUAAAUAUCCUGAAUCAUUGAGUCAUUUAAAAAUAGAGGAUAUUGACCAAAAACUUACUAAAGAAUCAAUCCCAAGUGAACUAGAGUUUUUUGAACUUCUUGUUUAUAAAUUUCCAUUAUCCAAAGAUCUUUUUCCAAAUUCAAUCAACCAUAUCGUAAUAGGUGAAACAAUCAAUCCAUUUACACAUGAUAUGGCACCAGAAAGUCUUAAACUUUUAAUGACAGCCCAUGACUAUAAAUUUUUACCACUUGAUAAACCUUUACUUAAAUACUAUUGCCAAUAA